GACCUAGCAAGGUAGCCAAAGCUUCUUCAUUCCGCAUCUCAAGAGAAUUCUUCCCUUCUCUCUCUUACAACUUUCCCACCAAGCGAACUUGGUAAAACUCAAACAAUACCCCUUCUCUUCUACCCAAUUCAAUUGAACCUUAUUUACAGGCACAAAACAUACCAUUUGACAAGGGUUUUCAACUUUAAUCCAUCUUGUCGCAUUGUCGCUCAGAAGCUUAUUCGCGUGUGACUCCCCGCCGCGAUUUCUUCUGCCCCGCGACAAUACAAAACCAACAAUAAAUAUACAAAUCAAUUACUCACCCUUUCAAGUCCUUCCUCUCUACAUUUUCGCAUUCACCAUAUAAAUACGAGACCUGCAUUACGCAAGGACACAUACUUCUAUUGUCUAGUCUUUGUCUGAAUCUCCGUCCUUACAAACCGUACUAAAUCAACCACUUGUCAAAAAUUCUCCCUCCGCCCGUUUGCCAUUAUGAGCGACCAAGAAACCAAGCCCGCCGAGGGUGUCACGGCUCCGGUCGAGAACCCCGACGCAAACAACAACGAAUCUGCGACCGCCCCUGAUGCUAUGAAUGUAGAUAAUCAAGAAAUCGCCGACGACAAGGCUGCGGACGCUAAGGAUACAAGUGGUAAUACUGAAGAUGCUGCCAAGGAAGACAAGACUCCUGAUGUAACUGAGGCUCAAGAAGACAAGGUCGAGACCAAGCAGGAGACACAACCGUCGACUACUUCGGCCAAGCCCAUGUUAAAGGUUAACAGAAAUGGUUGCCCCACGCGAGAGAAAUCGGACCCUUCCAUCCUCCCCGACUCGGACGACGCUAAGCUCAUCCGCCGUCAGGUUCAAUUCUACUUUAGCGACAGCAACCUACCCCAAGACAAGUUCCUCUGGGAGAAGACUGGAGGCUCUGAGAACAAGCCGGUACCCAUCUCUUUGAUUUGCAGCUUCUCGCGUAUGCGUCGAUUCAAGCCUUACUCGGCCGUUGUCAAUGCGCUUAAGGAUAGCGAGGUCCUUGUUGUAGAAGGUUCCGAAGGCGAAGAAACGGUCCGUCGAAAGGGGGCUUUUCAAGAAGACCCGGAUCGAGAGAAGAAGAUUCAUGAGCGCAGCACCUACAUCAAGGGCUUUGGAGAGGAGAAGAAAUCCACUCAAUUCGACGUCGAAGACUUUCUCUCUAAGUAUGGAGAAUUCAACACAGUCCGUCUACGACGAUCCGAGGAUUCGGAGAAGGUUUUCAAGGGUUCCGUCUUUGUUGAGUGGAUCGACAAAGAGACAGCGGAUGCCUUUCUAGCUUUAGAUCCCAAGCCUCUAUGGUUAGGCGAGUAUGAGAUGUCAAUCAUUCCGAAGACAGAAUAUGUAAUCCAACAGGCGAAAGAAGAAGCCCGUAAGGGGAAGGGUCACGGACAUUCACAACGCGGCCAGCGCGGCGGUCGAGGUUCUCAUCAAUCGCGAGGUAAUCACCGCAACACUGAUGUGAACGAUUGGAAGAAGCGCCGCCAGGAGGAUCAUCGUAAUGGGUUUGAUGAUCGUCGUGGCCGUCGCGAUCACCGUGGACGAGGACGAGGUCGAGGUGGCCGUGGCCGAGGUAACGAUCGUGGCCAGAACGGUAACGGUCGUGCCGAUGAACAGCAGCGCACCGCUCGAGACAAUGGAAGACCUAAGAUUCACGCAAGCAAAGAAAGCAUUAAGGAUAUGAAGGAAGAGGCCAAGCGCAAUUCCGAGGCGCAGGCAAACGGAAAGCGCGCUAGAGACGACGAUGGUACCACCGAUGCUCCUCCUACAAAGAAGGUCGACACUAAGGAGGCUGCCGCCAACGCUGCGUGAGCAAUUUGAAGCAGCUUAUUAUUUGCCUCAAUCAUACCAUACCCCUUACACAUAAACUUGUUUCCUACCGAUUCUUCGUGGAUUCCCGUUACUACUGCGUCGAGAUGCUUUUGCCUCAGAUAAAAGCGGGUAUAGAUUUGCUUACCUAGGUAGCUACUGCUAUCUUGCUAAAGAUCCGAAUGGGUCUUAGAGUACGCAUGAGGGUACUUUGCACGAAGGUGUAGGAUAACGCAGGUUUAGGUAAUUGCCUGCUAAAUUCAGGGAUUCCUAAGAACCAGCUUUGGCAGCACUUGGUUUCCGUUGUGGAAACGGAAUUGGCAUUGGCGUUUGCUUCGGACUUAGGUAUUUGCUGCCACUACAAAUAGCGCCAGAUAGAUUUGCCAUAAAAUGAAAUUUUAUGAUUGUAAAAUA